GUGAUCGGAGACAGACGUAAUCGAUUCCUAACCAAUCCUAUCGAAUAUCAGUACUUCUGUUCAGUUCAGAAGUCGUGGGUUAAAGACAUUCACGACUACAUCAGGGAAUGUAUGCCUAAAUUCUCAACACAAAAACUAAUGACCAGAAAAUUAGCGAAUCAAAUACAAAUACAGGCAAAUAAGUUAUGCGAUUCACAGACAUUCACUGCUCAGCAAUUGUUUCUAAACAGCUUUUGUUUAAAUAAGGUAAUCAAUGAAUUGCAUAAUUGUAUGGAAGAUAUGAUUGAUUACAUGAGUUAUGUGGAGCACAGGGUUAUGGGAAUCGAGAACAGUUAUCUAGAGAUGAGGAACUGUAGCCGACAUAUACUGUACUCUUCAUUGAAACACUCGUGUCAUCCGACGAUUGAAUGGUUUGAUAAACUCAUGUCCGGAUAUAAUAUUUGA